AUGGGGGUUCCGAAGGAGCUCGUCUUCGGCGUAGAUUAUCUGGAGCCUAACAGAAUCACCGAGAGGGAGAUUGCGAGGUUUCGUGCUGAGUAUUUCAUACCAGAUUCGAUAGGCAUGAGGAUCCCAAAUCCUACCGAAUCUCUAAGCAGUCCGAAGGAUGGCGAAGUCGUCUUUUUCACGGACGUACUUCUGCAAAGGGUGAGGCUCCCUCUGCAGCCCGCCCUUCAGAGGAUCCUGGUGCAGAUAGGCUAUGCUCCCGGCCAGUUCAAUCCCAACUUCUGGGUGGCGCUAAUGGGUGUAGUCACAGCCUUUGGCAUGGCUGGCGAGGGAGAGCCUUCGUAUGAGCAGUUCUCCCACCUGUACAGCAUCACGAAGUCGAAGUGUGCUGAUCACGGGGGCUGGGUCCAGGCUAACUGCCUGAAGGCUACCGAGCGUGGUCACUUUGUCAAUGCUGUGCCAACCUCCCAGAAGACGUGGAGGAAAUGGCGGGUGCUUUUGUCCGGUGACUGGGAGUCGCCCUCGGGGACAUCCCGUCCGUUUCCACAUUCCCACCACGUUCCAAAUCGCCGCCGAGCGCUACACAGGCGGAGAUCCGGCAGAUUGAAAGGGUUUAUCGGCAUGCAGGGGAAGAAGAAGGGGCGGCAGGCCAGAACGGUACAGGCGUCUUCGGGAGGGGUGGACCCUGAUGAUCUAACCCUCAAUGAGCGUCGUCGCCAGAUGAAUGCUGAAUCGGCGCGUGCCGAAGCUGCCGAUGCUGGUCCGUCCCCCAGCCGAGGCACGCCUGCCGAGGGUACCUCCUCCAAAGCUGUAGGCAAAAGACCGUUCACGGUGGACCUUGAUGCCGACCCUGCUCCAAAACGCGGGCGACAAGCCGAGCCUGCUCGGGCCAUCUUCUUUGCCGAGGACGACGAGGCCCCUCCCGAAGCUGUCACCCUGGCAUGUCCUUCGAAGACGGUCCAAUUUGUGAACCAUAUGAUCCUCGGUUCACAAAUGGAGCUGUCCGAGAUUAAGGACCUUCCGAAGAAGCUCCUUCGGGAGGAGGCAGGCCGCGCCUUCCGUCUUCAAGCUUCGGCCUCAAUGGAUAUGUGGCUCUGCGUCAAGCGAGCCAUUAAUGCCGCCGAAAAGGCGAAGAAGGCAUAUGAAGACGGCAGGGCGAAGGUUGCCGAGGCCGGCAAAGCCAUCCAAGCUCAGGCGAACUUGGCGAAGGACAUGCAGGCUGCCGAACGGCAGGUAAAAGUUUAUCAAGCCAAGCUCGGCGAGACGUCGGCAGCCUUGGAGGCGGCGCAGCUGACGGCAAAGGAGGCUCUGGAGUCGAAGGAGGCGAUCCAGGUGGCUUUUGAGGAGUCCAAGCGGGUCAGGGCUUCCGAGGUCGAGGCUGCCAUUCAGGAGGCGAUACGGGGCUACCGUCAGUCUACUGAGUUUUCCACUUUGCUGGACAAGGAAGUAGGCUUGGAAAUGGCGGACCUACCCUACCGUUUCAAGCGGUACAACCCUGGGAAAAAGCUCAACCUCAACUUCAUUGCUGAUCCUCCCCCUCUUCCUGAAGGUAUAACCGAAGAAAUGGUCGAGGAGUACGAGGGAGAGGACAUUACAGAAGAGGCCCCAGCCGAUCCCGAAGGGGGUACUGCCGAAACCGAUGGGGUUGCUGCCAAAGCCGAUGAGCCUGCCGCCUGA